CAACAACAAUAACUAGGCAACAACAAUCUAAGAAAUAUAGCUAGCACAAAGGAAAACAACGCUCAGCAAGUGUCACAGCGUUAGCCGAUAACUAUGUGCUAUAAAAGUAUUGAAAAUAUUUAUACUUAUGUGUGCAUAAAUUGAAAUCCAUUGAAAAGCUGCUAAAAAGCUGAUAAGUGUUAACAGUAAAAUUUUGCCAAUGGCAAGCAACAAUAGCAAACGAAAAUAAAUUUCUUCAUCACAAGUGCCAGCUUGACAGCGGCAUAAGAAUUAAAGAGAUUUUAUUUCAUAUAUGUAUAUAAGUGAGAAGUUAUCAACAUAAAUGCUUAAACGCCAUAAAGUAUGCAAUACAAUUUUUAAAAGUGCGCCCGUAUGCUGUUGUUAACUAAAUACAGCAGUUAACCAGCGGCACUAAGUAAAGCAUGUGUGCGGCCAGCGUCCAUGUAUAAGUGGCUUUCGAAAUAAAAUUUCCUCAGCGUAUUUGAACAUAUGCACGAGUAUAUAUGUAGCGACAUCAGUAUACGCUUACCCUCAUGCUAGUUAAGCAUUUAUGAAAUAUAGAAGUGAUUAAUGAGUCAUAGGCCUAAUGCGACAUAAAUCAAAGAGAAAAGGGUAAAAUAAACUUUUAACGCUGGAAUGGCCUACAAUCUGCGUUGAAAUCAACUCUCAGGCAUGAGUAGUGUGUAUUUGUGAUGAAAAGCCACAAAUUUGGAUUUUGAAAUUGCACGAAAAAGAAAUAAAUAUAGCGACAAAUGCUAUGUUGCAAUAAAGUAAAUUGUAAAAUAUCAGCAAAAUAGAUAAAACUGUGUAGUAAGCGGUAAACAUACAUACAUAAAACGUAAAUAAAAUACAAACCUAUGUAACUUAUGCAUGAGCACUACCAAUAGGUUUGUAGGUAAUUGAAAGUGUAACUGUGUGAAAACAAAUACUAACCAGCAACACCUGGUUGCAAACAAUUUGCAUUAGCAUAUGCCGAAUAGUGUUAAACAACAACACCAACACCAACAAUAAGAACUAAAUUAAUUGAAAAUAAUAUAACAACAAAAAAAAGAAAAACAAAAAACAACAAUUACAAUUACAGUUGUGCAAUUGAUAUCACUCUGAAGCCAAUUAGUCAGAUUGCCAGCUACUAAACUGCCCUGCUGUCCGACUAACUUACUACGAGUGCAUAUGUGCACACAUACAUACACACAUAACUACCACUCUGUGCAACUAUACGAUUUGAAAAGCGUAAGUAAAUAAAGUAGCAGCAACAGCGGCAGCAAUAACAACAGCAAAAUAAAAAACAACAAGCGACUGGAGUAAAAGGUAAAGAAGGCGAAAAAAAAACCUUUUGAAUUUUUCAACAUGGACAUGGAUCCAACAAAUCGCUGCAACAUGCGCAAAAAAUGUGGCCAAAGCCAUAGUGUGUGCAAGCGAGUGGUGUGCGACAGUAUUGGUUGGAAAAUGUUGACCAUACUUGUGGGACUCCUCUGCUUUGGUUUAUUUCCGACAGUUUUUUCUCUUGAUGGACUUCAGGGACAAUCGAUAAAGGAUGCUUUUGGUGAAUACUCACUCACGGACAUGAUCAGCGCUCAAUCGCAAGGCAUCGAAUAUGAGGAGGCCGAGGAUGGUUUUCCUUCGUAUAAAUUUUUGCCCACUUCCGAUGUUAAAACCUCAUAUCGCGUCUUACUACCCGAGAAGCUGUAUGAAUUCGCAAUACUCACCACAUUUAUGCCGAACAGCCCUAAGGGUGGCUAUCUCUUCAGUGUGGUCAAUCCAAUGGAUACUGUCGUGCAGUUGGGUCUACAUUUAUCGCCCGUUAAUAAGAAUAUGUAUAAUAUUUCAUUGCUCUACACACAAUCGGAUCAAAAUACCGUUAGCCGCAAAUUGGUCAGCUAUCAGUUGCCGUAUCUAGGCAAGGAGUGGACAACACUUUCAUUUCAGGUACUCAGCGAUAAGGUGCUCUUCUACUACGACUGCGUGCUGAACGAGACUACGCCAGUGGUUAGGGAACCGCUGGAGUUGGUCUUUGAUUCAGCGUCGACUUUAUAUUUGGCACAAGCAGGUCUCUUAUUAACUGGACACUUUGAGGGAAAUUUACAACAAAUGUAUGUUUAUACAAAUCCAGAUGCUAUAAUUACAAUGUGCCAGCCGCCAGCAAAGAAGACGGAGGAUAUCGACAAUGAAAUAUUAGACGAUGAAGGCGGCUCAGGCCUUGUGCCGAAUGACGCGGACUAUGACCUUUCAGAUGACAGUUUUUGGAACGCGACGGACGAAACCAGUGGAUUUCCAUCACAAACACCAACUUCAUAUUUGCACGAAAGACCAUAUCGUACAACAAAAGGUGAAAAAGGUGAACGCGGACCAAAAGGACCACCCGGUGAUAGUAUACGUGGUCCACCGGGACCACCAGGCCCACCGGGGCCGAAAGGUGAAUCGGCUACAUUUCCGCCAUUCGUGGAUUUUCCCACCGGUCCCGAUGCGAAAUACACUGGUAAAUGUACAUGCAACGCGUCUGAUAUCCUAGAAGCAAUCAAAGAUAAUGAAAUAUUACGUGAAACAAUACGCGGACCACCCGGUUUGCCGGGUAAGGAGGGAAAGACUGGUGCGCCUGGACUCACGCAUCCUGUGGAGCGAAGUCUCAUGCAAUAUGUUAAACGAAAAACGGGUGCUACAGGGAAACCAGGUGAACGCGGUGCCCCCGGCCCGAAAGGUGACCGCGGCGAUAGGGGUGAUCCUGGCUCCCGUGGACCCGAGGGUCUGCAAGGCCAAAAAGGUGAGCCUGGCGUCGACGGUAUGCCCGGCGUACAGGGCGUACCUGGACCGCCGGGACCGCCAGGUUUGCCCGAAACUUAUGAUGAAUCCUUAAUGGGCAAUUCGAUGCGUGCGAUGCGCAGCUCGUCUCCAGGACCCAAGGGUCCACCUGGCGAUAAAGGUGAUACUGGCGCGACAGGCGAACGCGGUCAGCAGGGUCAGAAAGGUGAACGUGGUGAUCCGGGAAUGACGGGCGAGAAAGGUGAUAGGGGACAUCCAGGCAUACAUGGCUCGACGGGCUUAAAAGGUGAACCCGGUCAACCGGGCGUACCGGGCAUGGCAGGUGCACCUUGUGCGCCAGGCCUUAAAGGAGAUCGUGGUCUUCCCGGCGAGUUGGGACCCAUCGGGCCACCCGGUCCACCUGGUGAAGUUAUUUAUACUGAUAAUUCGUUGAAUGGCACAUCAGCAGCGGCGGGCUUGGGGCAAUGCCAAUGUCCAGCCGGUCCACCCGGUGCACCGGGUAUGCGCGGCCCACAAGGCUAUGAGGGACCACCCGGUUUGAACGGCGAGCCUGGUCCAGCUGGGUCGAACGGUUUGACCGGCCUGCCUGGCUCCAAAGGUGAGAAGGGCGAAAAAGGUGUGCGGGGCCUGAGCGGCCCGAAAGGCGAUCGUGGACCGGAAGGACCGCCAGGGCAGGCCUUUUUCGCUGGCGGCUACGAAGGCAUGGCUAUGAAUGGUACCAAGGGUGAGAAGGGCGAGAAGGGUAUGCGCGGACGACGCGGCAAACCGGGCCAAGCUGGACCGAUCGGACCGCCGGGCAAACCAGGUCCAAUGGGUGAUAUUGGGCAUUCGGGACGUCCUGGACUACAAGGCCCGAAAGGUGAUUCAGGAACGAAAGGACAAAAGGGAGAAGCUGGCGGACGGGAGGGGUUGAAAGGCGACAAAGGUGAUCGUGGCCAAGAUGGACGUGAUGGCCUACCCGGACCGCCUGGUCUACCAGUAGCAGCGGGCGAAGGUGUACAGUAUAUACCGAUGCCAGGAGCACCUGGACCACCGGGUCCACCCGGCCAACCAGGCAUGCCCGGUUUGUCGAUAAACGGGCCGAAAGGUGAGCCCGGCAUGGAUUCGCGCAGUUUCUAUGGUGAUCCGUCUUAUUAUGGACGACCGGCAAGUGGACGCUCCUCUCUCGACGAAAUCAAAGCUUUACGUGAACUACAAGACUUGAGAGACCGUCCAGACAGCACAUCUGGACCACCCGGCCCGCCAGGUCCCCCCGGCCCACCCAGUCAUUCGCGUCAUGAGGAUGAGGAGACACCUUAUUUCUCAGCAUCUUCCUGGAAUAUGCGUAUCGUACCAGGUGCGGUGACAUUUCCGAACAUCGAUGAAAUGACAAAGAAAUCAGCAAUGAAUCCACCAGGCACAUUGGCCUACAUCACCGAAGAAGAGGCGCUCCUGGUGCGCGUCAACAAGGGCUGGCAAUAUAUAGCGCUUGGCACUUUAGUGCCCAUUGCCACGCCCGCCCCACCGACCACAGUCGCACCGCCAGUACGCGUAGAUAUACAAUCAUCGAAUCUGCUCAAUAAUCUGCCGCCACUACUGAACACGCCAACGUUUACAACAGCGCCAGAGUAUGAAACGUGGUAUCCACGCAUGCUUCGCGUUGCUGCACUCAACGAGCCAUAUGUUGGCGAUCUGCAAGGCAUACGUGGCGCAGACUUCGCCUGCUAUCGCCAAGGGCGUAGAGCGGGUUUGUUGGGCACCUUCAAAGCCUUCCUGUCAUCCAGAGUGCAAAAUCUUGACUCCAUUGUACGUGUCGCCGACCGCGAUCUACCGGUAGUUAAUACCAGAGGCGACGUACUCUUCAACUCAUGGAAGGGCAUCUUUAAUGGCCAAGGUGGCUUCUUCUCGCAAGCGCCGCGUAUAUAUAGUUUUAGCGGUAAAAAUGUGCUAACGGAGCCAUUGUGGCCACAAAAGCACGUUUGGCAUGGUUCACUACCGAACGGUGAGCGUUCGAUUGACACAUAUUGUGAUGCUUGGCAUUCGAGUUCCAUAGAUAAAUUUGGUUAUGCAAGCAAUUUGCUAGGGAACAAACUGCUCGACCAGGAGCGACAAACAUGCGAUAGCAAAUUAAUUGUGCUCUGCGUGGAGGCGUUAUCACAGGAUAGAAGGCGAAAACGCGAUCUCAGCGACAGCGCACCCGAGUUCCACACGGCGGAAGCCUACGCGCGUUAUCUGGAAAAUGUGUUAACUUGAAAUAUUGACUCACACACAAAACCGCCACAGAAACGCGUCCGUAAAUCACAUUCGUUACGGCGACAACAUUUACAUCAUCAUCAGCGACCAGUGAAAUUGAAGCAAAAAAAUAGAAUUAAAAGUUCAAGUUCUUAGAUUUCGAAAACGAAAAGCCAAAUUAAACACGAUAUGAUUUUUACUUUCAUCAAAACUACGAAAACAAAUAAUACUAAGAGGAAACUCACGAUUGAUCACUGCGAAUAUUUUUACAUAAAAAACUGUUUAUCCUUGUAUUCAACUAGUUAAUUGGUACUACUUAAUGCAUAUACUAAUUACAUACACAUGUACAUUUACAUAUUUAUAAAAAAAAAAAAUGCCCAUCUA